AUGUUUCAAGGGCAAGGGUUGCGUCUGGCACAGGUGCUUCUCAUCGUCGCACCAGCAUUCAUCACCUACGGUUAUAAUCAAGCGGGAGUCGGGCCGCUCGCCACCCUGCAAACAUGGGUCCACACGUUCCCUGAAAUUGACACAAUCAACACCCAUGGUGCCAUCAAGGAACGAAACGCAACAAGGAAAGGGGCAGUCAUCGCCUCUCUCCAACUUGGGGCGCUCCUGGGAGCACUCUCGUGUACAUAUCUCGGAGACCGUCUUGGUCGGCGCAAGACUAUUUUCCUCGCUGCUGCUAUCGUUGUGAUAGGCGAGCUGUUAGAAACCUCGGCCUACAACACCGCCCAGUUCACCGUGGGGCGGGUUAUACUGGGCAUUGGCGUUGGACAGCUUAGCGCCACUGUCCCAGUCUUCCAGGCAGAAUGUAGCUCAGCGAAGAACCGUGGCCAGCAUGUGGUUGUUGAUGGUAUCUGCAUGGUCCUGGGCUUUGUUCUGUGCAACUGGAUCGAUUUCGGACUCAGCAAGACAACUGGACAAACGCAGUUCCGCGUCCCCCUGGCUCUUUCCUUUCUCUUCCCUUUGAUCAUACUCGUAUCUGUGUUCUUUCUCCCGGAGUCCCCGCGGUGGCUAGUUCUAGUGGGCCGCACAGGCGACGCUGUCCGCAGUUUAGCAGCCUACAGAGGACUCCCGGUAGAAGAUGAAACCAUCCAAGCAGAGAUUGCAAGUAUCGAGGCCGCGUUAGAACUAACGGAGCAAUCCAGUUGUUUCAAGCUGCGCGAGGUAUUCUCCGGCAAAAACGAAGACCGUCUCUUCUACCGGUUCACUCUAUGCAUGGUCAUUCAAUUCUUCCAGCAAAUGUGUGGCGGCAAUCUAAUCUCAACCUACAUCUCUACAAUCUUCGAACAAAACCUCAAACUCGGGAGUGACCUGUCUCGAAUCCUAGCUGCAAGCGCAUUAACCUGGAAAUGUCUCUGCAACUUCAUCCCCUUUUUUGCAAUCGACCGGCUCGGUCGUCGGAAGGUUUUUAUGUUCAGCGGCACAGGAAUGUGCCUCUGCAUGGUUGUAUUAACAAUCACAACCAGCUUCGACACCAGCAACAAAGCCGCGUCGGUCCUUUCCGUGGUUUUCAUCUGGCUGUUCAACCUAUUCUAUCCAAUUGGGUUUUCGGGCGCAAACUUCGUCUAUUGCACAGAGGUCGCCCCUAUCCAACUACGGGUCGCUAUGGCUUCCAUAUCAACAGCAAACAAGUGGCUAUGGAAUUUCAUUGUGGUGAUGAUCACCCCCGUUGCGCUUGAUACCAUCGGAUAUCAGUAUUAUAUCGUGUAUGCGGCUAUCUCGGCGUGCAUCCCCGUCUCAGUGUACUUCUUCUAUCCUGAAACGAUGGGCCGCAAUCUCGAGUCCUUGAAUCAGGUGUUUCGUGAUGCCCCGUCCGUGUGGCAUGUUGUAUCUAUGGCGAAGGAUCUUCCGAAGGGGGAUGUAUCUCAUUUGGAUGUAGAGGGUGUUGAGAAGAAGCUGGAUAUCGAGCAAAAGGAGCAUGCAUGA